GCCGCCGGGCGGAGGAGCCGGUCUGCUGGGAGUUGUAGUCUGCGCGCCCUUUGGCGGCGUACCUGGCCUCUGCCAGCCGACUGGCUUCCAUUCCUGUAAAGAAGCAAGUGCCUCCGUGUUUAAUUCCCAAUGCAGUUUUGAUUCAGAUUUAUUGUUUGAAUUGCUGAAGAUGUCAUCAGGCCUUACAGAGGAACAAAAGAGAAGAAUUGAAGAGAACCGCCAGAAGGCUUUGGCUAGGAGAGCAGAGAGACUAGCAGCCCAGAGCGGUGGGCAAGUGGAGAGCGCUGGCCCUCAGGUGAAAGAACAGAGUCCAGGCCAUUGGGGAGACUUGAAGGAAAAAACCAAUCAUCUCAGGUUCAUUAGCCAGCAGCAGCGGAAUCCAAACAGUCCUGUGGAGCAGAAGAGCUAUCUUCAGAAAGAUUAUAAUCAUUACACUGCAAACCAACAGAUGGUUGGUUCACAUGGAGAGCAACAAAAGAAUUGUUCAGAGGACUCUGGACAAGCAAGUGGCAUUAAGCAGUUCCCUACAACGAUCCCAAAUUCUCUAAGUUAUUCCCAUAAACAUUACUCGGAUGCUGCUGGUCAGAAACACGGACAACAAGCUUUAAUUAAUCUUGGUACAUUCCAGCAGCCCAAAUGCUACCCAGCUUUCAAAAACCCUACAGAACCAUCUCAUCCUAGAUUAAUUGAUAAUGGGCGCCCUGAUGGUAGUAAAGAUUUACAAAGUCAGAACAAAUCUGCCAUAAAAUUUGUUUCACCACUGAGCAGUGCCACCCCGAGUGAUUCAGAAAUGUUGAUAAACAUAAGCAGACCAAUGGAAAGAGAAGGGGGAGGUGGUGCCUCUCAGGCCAGUGGUAGGAUGCAGAAGCUGACCAGCUCUGCUGGUGCAGGCUCUGCCUUUGAAGCUGCUUCUUGCAAGAAAGCAAAUAGUGUUACAAAAGGAAAAUGUGUGAAAUAUGGGGAAGACCGAUUCCAGGUCGAAACAGGGUAUAAUGCUGAACUCAUUGCUGUGUUUAAGAAGAUGCCAAGCAAAAGCUAUGAUCCCACUAUUAAGAAGUGGAAUUUCAGUCUGGAUGAUUACAGCAGUUUCAUGGAAGCAGCAAGUCAACUUCCAUCAGUAAUUCUGGCACCACUGGAAGGAGAAAAUGCAGUUGGCUUGGCAUCAGGCUCUCAUUUCAUUGGCAGUAGAGUUGAUGUGAAAUCCCUCUUGAUGAUGUGUAAGAACUGGAAGAAACCUUCAGCCCUUGUCAAAGGGAAGUGCGUGCUGAUCUCUCGCUUGCGGUUUGAGGUUGAUAUUGGGUAUUCUGCAGAAGUGAUUGGAGUGUUCAAACAGAUGGAUUCCAGAAAUUAUGAUAUGAACACCAGAAAGUGGAAUUUCCUGCUGGAGGACUAUCCCAAACUAAUGGAAGUGUUACAGAGCCUUGUGUCAGUAGAAGUGGAGCCACUGCCUGAGGCAGUAAUACAAACCUUUGCUGCUCAAAUACAGAGAUCUACAUCACAGACAGACAUUCCUGAUGCUGACCUUUCAGUGGUGGACUCCAAAAUUGUGACAAGCCUCAUGCCCUUUCAGCGGGAAGGUGUGAAUUUUGCAAUUUUAAGAAAUGGACGUUUACUUCUUGCGGAUGACAUGGGCUUGGGCAAGACCAUCCAGGCGAUCUGCAUUGCUGCAUAUUACCGAAAGGAAUGGCCGUUGCUGGUGGUGACUCCUUCUUCCGUGAGGUUUACAUGGGCAGAGGCAUUUCACAGGUGGCUUCCAUCCUUGAGUCCAGGUAGCACCAAUGUCAUAGUGACUGGCAAAGACAACCUAACAGCAGGCUUAAUCAACAUCAUCAGCUUUGACCUCCUCAGCAAGAUGGACAAGCAACUUAAGAGCACUUUCAAAGUAGUUAUUAUUGAUGAAUCUCACUUCCUAAAGAACAUAAAAACUGCACGAUGCCGAGCUGCCAUGCCUCUGCUCAAGGCUGCCAGGAGAGUGAUCUUGCUUUCGGGAACCCCUGCCAUGUCGCGGCCUGCGGAGCUCUACACGCAGAUCAUGGCUGUCCAGCCAGCCUUCUUCUCACAGUUCCACUCCUUUGGGCUACGCUACUGUGAUGCCAGGAAGAUGCCGUGGGGUUGGGACUACUCUGGAUCAUCCAACUUAAAUGAACUGAAAAUUUUGCUGGAAGAGUCCAUCAUGAUCCGACGUCUGAAAUCGGAUGUGCUUUCCCAGCUUCCAGCAAAGCAACGCAAAAUGGUUGUGGUGGCUCCUGAAGGCAUUAGUGCAAAGACCAAAGCUGUCUUGGCAGCUGAAGCAAAGAAGAUGGCCAAAGGAUAUGAAAGUAAACAACAGGAGAAGGAAGCUCUUCUCCUCUUCUACAACAGAACGGCAGAAGCUAAAAUCCACUCAGUUGUAGAAUACAUCCUGGAGUUACUGGAAAGUGGGAAUGAUAAAUUCCUGGUGUUUGCUCAUCACAAGAUAAUGCUGGAUGCAAUAGUUGCAGAGCUGGAGAAGAAACACGUUGAAUACAUUCGCAUUGAUGGCUCCACACCUUCAGCCGAGCGGCAGUUUCUGUGCCAGAAGUUCCAGUUCUCAGAGAAGCAGGUUGUGGCCGUCCUGUCCCUUACUGCCGCAAACAUGGGCCUGACGUUGUCUGCUGCGGACCUGGUGGUGUUUGCAGAGCUCUUCUGGAACCCCGGGGUUUUGAUUCAAGCAGAAGAUCGGGCACAUCGAAUUGGACAGACCAGCUCUGUUAAUAUUCACUACCUGGUGGCUAAAGGCACAGCAGAUGACUAUUUAUGGGAUCUGGAAACUGAUGCAUCGCCCACGUUUCAUGGAAAGUUAAUGACAGUAAUUCUGCCUUUAUUUGUGAAAUGCUGUCCAUGCAGUCAUUAAUGCUUAAUGGGAAGGAAAUAUGGCUCUUCAAAGAAGGACAGUGGCAUCCUUUUUAAUGGCGAGAAAAAGAACAAGACGACAAGGCUAUUUGGUAAAUGCAUUAAUUGUGCUGUGGCCUUUGCUUCUUGAAAAGUAUCCAGUCUGCAGGUGUGGUUGGGACCUCUCCGCCUCUUGAGCCAGUGAUAGAUUCUUCUUCCUGCCAUACAUCGGGAUAUACCCUAGAAAUGCUGAUGUGUCUGUUGAUGGGGAUUACCAUUGCUUACCUUGGAGACUGAAAACACAGGCUAUUGGAACUCCCUUUAGCUACAUCUUCUUGUUCUGACUUCAUACCAUUGGUGUUGCCUCAGUCAACUAGUUUCCCUGUUGGAUAUGUGUGUUCUCCAAAUAUUUAUAGCCUGAAAUCCUCUUCUUGUUACUUACUUAAAUUGGAUUAUGUGGUGGGUUGACCCUGGCUGGACGCCAGGUGCCCACCAAAGCCGCUCUAUCACU